UAAAUGUUAAGUUAAAUCAUUUAUUCUGAGGAAGAAGUUUGUUAAUUUAUUUUAAACAACCCUCCUCAUUGUGAUAUAUUUAAAUUAAGAACAGUUUCAUUUAGGAAUACUAGUACUUGAUAGUCUUAACAGAUUCUGGUGUUUGGAUAAACACAACUAGAUAUACAAACUGUUCUGGAGGGGUACAUUUGCAUUUUGAAAAGAGAAGAAGCUUCUUUUUUCUAUCUUUUUUUUUUUUUUUUUUUUUUUUUUUUUUUUUUUUUUUGCGUGUAUGUUUUUGAAACCAUGAAGCAUUUGCAAUUCAUGCUCGUCCUGGCCAUCGCGGUGAACGUCUGGGAAUGUGGGGACGCAAAGUUCGGUGAGAGAGGAGAGUUGAGCCCCAGGAGGAGAAGAUGCUACGAUGGAAGCUUGCCCAAGCGUCUGAAGAAAAGGGAGCGGAAAGUGCUGCUUGAUGGCAGCAGCGGAGAAGUUUGCCACAGGUUGUACCCCCGUGUGUCCUGUUGUCCCACCAGGAGAGCCGCCUAUCAGAUCUUGCACCACGGGGAUGCCCGGAUUUUCUCCACCAACAACACAGAAUGCGGACAUCUCCUUGAGGAGAUCAAGUGUGCUCGCUGCUCCCCCAAUGCCCAGGUGUUGUUCCACUCCUUGGACAUGGAUCGGAUGCCACACAGAGAGCCGGACCUGCCGCGGCUCUGCCAGGACUUCUGCCGGGAGUUCUAUUACACCUGCAGGGGGCACAUACCAGAGCUGUUCCAAGCGGAUGUGGAUGAGUUCUGCCAGUACUAUGGGAGGAGAGGUGCCGGUUUAUGUUUUCCGGAUUACCAACGAAGACAACUGCUUGGGCAAGAUUCCAACUACUUGGAAGAUGAGAAAAUAGAAGAUAUCAGCAGGAAACACAAACACAACUGCUACUGUGCUCAGGAUGUGUUGAGUGGUCUGAGGCAGCCGGUGGCUGUGGUGCACUGUGGCGAUGGCUCUCAGCGGCUUUUUGUCGUUGAGAGAGAGGGAUUUGUCAGGAUACUCAGCCACAACCUUGAACUUUUUAAGGAGCCCUUCUUGGAUCUCCACAAGCUGGUGCAAAGUGGUUUGAAGAGUGGUGAUGAAAGAGGCCUGCUAAGCCUGGCAUUCCACCCCAAUUACAAGAAGAAUGGCAAGCUCUACGUCUCCUACACCACCAACCAAGAGCGCUGGGCCAUCGGACCACACGAUCACAUCCUCCGUGUGGUUGAAUACACCGUUUCAAGGAAAACCCCAAAUCAAGUGGACACCAGGACUGUCCGUGUGCUGAUGGAAGUGGCUGAGCUGCACAGGAAACAUCUCGGAGGUCAACUUCUGUUUUCACCUGAUGGUCUGCUGCACAUCAUUCUGGGAGAUGGUAUGAUCACACUGGAUGACAUGGAGGAAAUGGAUGGACUCAGUGAUUUCACAGGGUCUGUCCUGAGGGUAGAUGUGGACACAGAUAUUUGUACGUCGCCCUACACCAUACCACGGAACAAUCCGUACUUUAACAGCACUAAUCAGCCACCUGAAAUUUUUGCACAUGGACUACAUGACCCAGGCAGGUGUGCAGUGGAUCGCCUACAGACAGACAAUGGCAGUCUCGUUAUCCUCUGCACCGAUGCCAGCGGUAAAAACACAUCGGCAGGAAGAAUAUUAGAAGUUACUAAGGGGAAGGAUUAUGAAAAUGAGCCUUCUGUCUAUGACCUGCAGUCCAGUGGAGGAGCACCACCUGUGGGGGGCUUCAUCUACAGGGGCUGCCAGUCGAGAAGACUGUAUGGCAGCUAUGUCUUUGGAGAUAGAAAUGGUAACCUCCGGAUCCUUCACAAGUCUCCAUUUGCCACAUCGUCAGACGGUGAGCAGUGGCAAGAAAAGGCCCUGUGUCUGGGCUCAGCCUCCUGUGGAUCCACUCUCGUUGGGCAUGUCCUGGGUUUCGGAGAGGAUGAACUCGGUGAAGUCUACAUAUUAGCAAGCAGUAAAAGCAUGGCACAGUCACACAGUGGGAAACUCUACAAGUUGGUAGACCCAAAAAGGCCUCAUGCCCCCAAGGAGUGUCAGCGCCAGGUGGAGCCACCAGAGCUGCUAAUGACGGCUUGUUCCAGAAACUGCAAGAAUGGACAUUGUACUCCAACUAGCAAGUGCUGCUGUAGCCCCGGGUGGGAAGGACCCUUCUGCCGAAUAGCUAAAUGUGAACCAGCCUGUCGCAAUGGAGGAGUCUGCAUAGAACCAAACAAGUGCCUGUGUAAGAGUGGUUAUUCUGGCUCUCAGUGUGAGAAGAGUGAGCGUGGGAUGCCCAACAACCAGGAGAAAGACGGCAUACUGGACCACAUCAUUGACAUGACCUCAUAUCUCUUAGACCUGACCAGCUUCAUCGUAUAGGGGUGCGCGGAGGGGGACUGCUCCCCGCCGCCACCCUCACAUUGACACAAAUCUACCUAUCACCGCCAGCAGACUCGUACCAAGGUGUCAUUAAUGUUGCUAUUUAAUCUCCCUCACCUGAGUGCAAACGAGCGCACACACAAACACACAGAUACACCCAGGAUCCCAUCAGACUGCUUUGGAUCCACACUUACCAUAAAAAAAAACUUUCCCUCCUCCCACCUAUAAGCUAUUUGCUCUGAGCACCAGGCCUGGCAUCCAAGCCGUGUUGACAUUGAAAGAGGCCUGCAGACAUUUCUUUACCCGCCCUCAGCUGCCUCCACAGCUUCAGGAACGUAUCUGGACAGGACUGUACCAAACCAAGACUCCGGAUCUUUUCUUCAGGGCCUACUAAAACCCAUUUCAGGACUUUGUUAGGGAUUAAAAACGUUAAAGCCUGGCUCAGAUCAAGAACUGGUUAAUGCUCCAUCCAAAGCGGAGCAAAAUAAUCAUCUACAAACAAACAUUGAAAGAACAGAAGUCUUUGUCCACAAUGAGCCUGCAGUGUGUCGUGUAAGGAUCAUGUUAUAUCAUCUAUGAUGUUAUAUUUGGUUAGUGGACACAUUCUCAUGAUAACUAAAGCAAUCUACAGUCUGUUUUACAACAUUUACCUGUUUAUGAGUAUAAAGAAGAAGACACAGAGAACCGAUGGAGUGAAAAAGUUUCAGGAUUAUGAAUGAGUAUUUGGCUUUCAUUCACUGUAUUCAUUUUCACUUUCUGAACAUCAUUUUUCAAAAUGAAUUGAAAGCUGUCAUAGUGAGAGGUUUGACAUUCAUAAACACCACAAAGUCACAGGCUUCCAUCAACAAAUUGUCACACACUGAAACAAAAACCCACACUCUAAACUACAAAGGGAAGAAACAAGGCAGUGAUGUAUAUUUCCAAUAGAGCUUAUUACUUAGCAUUACAAAAAUGAAUCUAGCAUUACUCUCAUAGAAGAGGGUUUAUUUUUUUAAUCGUGAUAAUAUAUGGGAGAAUAUGGUGUUCCUAGAAGGCCGUUUUACACUAAGCUUGUCAGGUCAUGUUGUACUUAUAUAUAUAUAUUGCAGCUUUUAAAGAGACACGUGUGGAUUUUUCUGUUUUGUUUUGGUCAGUGUUAAUGUAAUGCAUGUCUGUGCCUGCAUAGAGUAAUUCACAACAGUUGGGGGAGACCAUCUAUUUCCCCUGACAGAUGAUUAUAUUACCACUGUCAAAAAUGUGUCUCUGUUGUGAGAUGAUCAAAGAUGGUGUUGGGCCUCCGAGUCAGAGUGGAAGUAGCUGACGGUCAGGGGCAGAUCUUAUCCACGAAGAGCAGAUUUCAGAUUAACCUAAGGGCAAAUAUUCAUCAUGAUUAAACUGUCUAACAAGCUAUAUGAAAAUUAAACACAGCUGGAGUUGUCAGGAGAUAAAAUAAUGUGUCUCAUUUCAGUUGUCAGACUGAGGCCCACACAGGCAUUCAUGCAUAUGCAUACGCACAUUCUUUCAAGACCAACGGAUAAUUUUAUUGUUUUAUUUCAAAAUUCCUAAAAGUAGGUCCUCUUCUGUUAAACAGUUUGGAUGGUAAACUUUUGUUUUCAUCUAAAAAACAAAUCCAAUAAAUUCUGUAUUUGUCGUUCAUCUCCUGCUUCGCUCAGCUCUACCUGGGUUUAAUAUAUCAGGAUGGAUUAUUCAUGCUGUAAAGUAAAAAAAUCAUAACUUUUUUAGCACUUAAUGUGAAAGUUGCAUUGUAGCUGCUGAGACGGCGUGGUGUGAAUAGAAUAACCGUUUUCAUUAUUUAAGUAGUUACACAAAUAAAAUAAUUAUUUAAGUUCUCUAUUUGGUUUUUACCGUUGUACUGUAUGUGACAUUUUUUAUUCCUGUAUUGUAAAUAAAACUAGGGAUAACUCUGUUUCUCCUCAGAAAUAUCAAUAUGUCUAUUAAAAUUUAUAGCAUGUCUUCAA